UGCCUCGGCCGGCACCUACCUCCCCCACUUCGCCGCCGGCGGGUGGAGUCGGGCCGGAGCAGCCGCUAGCUCGCCUCUGUUACCCCAAAAAAGACAAAAAAAAAUAAAGAGAGAGUACCAAGCAAGCCGCCGGCAGCUCGGGCAGCCAUGGGGCACGGCGUCAGCUGCGCUCGCACGGGCGACGAGCACAACUACUUCCGCGCGGCGCAGGUCGGGGACCUCGACGCCCUGGACGCGCUCCUCGCCGCCGACCCCUCCCUCGCCCGCCGCGCCACGCUCUACGACCGCCUCUCCGCGCUGCACAUCACCGCCGCGAAUGGCCACCUCGAGGUGAUGUCCAUGAUCUUGGAUCACGGGGUGCCGCCGGACGCCGUGAACCGGCACAAGCAGACGCCGCUGAUGCUCGCGGCGAUGCACGGCAAGAUCGACUGCGCGCGGAAGCUCCUGGAGGCCGGCGCCAAUAUCCUGAUGUUCGACUCCCUGCACGGGCGGACCUGCCUGCACCACGCGUCCUACUUCGGCCACGUCGACUGCCUGCGGGCCAUCCUCGCGGCGGCGCGGACCACGCCGGUGGCCGACUCAUGGGGUUUCGCCCGGUUCGUCAACGUCAGGGACGACCGCGGCGCCACGCCGCUGCACCUCGCCGCCAGGCAGGGCCGCUCCGCCUGCGUGCAGGUGCUGCUGGAGAACGGCGCCAUUGUCUCCGCCCUCACCGGCUCCUACGGGUUCCCCGGCAGCACGUCGCUGCAUCUGGCCGCUCGAAGCGGGAACCUGGACUGCAUCCGGAAACUGCUCGCCUGGGGCGCGGAUCGUCUCCAGAGGGACUCAGCAGGGAGGAUUCCUUACGCCGUGGCGCUGAAGCGCAACCACGCGGCGUGCGCGGCGCUGCUGAACCCGUCGGCGGCGGAGCCCAUGGUGUGGCCUUCCCCGCUCAAGUUCAUCAGCGAGCUGGACCCGGAGGCGAAGGCUCUCCUGGAAGCGGCACUGAUGGACGCCAAUAGGGAGAGGGAGGAGAAGAUCCUCAAGGGCAUCACCAAGUAUUCGCAGCCAUCGCCUACUUCGCCUUGCGAGCACGAUGCCAUUGACGAAGCGUCCUUGGAGGCCAGCGACGGGGAGCUGUGCUGCAUCUGCUUCGAGCAGGCGUGCAGCAUCGAGGUGCAGGACUGCGGGCACCAGAUGUGCGCGGCGUGCACACUGGCGCUGUGCUGCCACAGCAAGCCGAACCCGGCGACGCUGACGCCGCCGUCGCCGGCCUGCCCGUUCUGCCGCGGCAGCAUCUCGAGGCUGCUGGUGGCCCGGGCGAGCCCCGACGCCGAUGACGACGACAAGGCCGCCGCCGCCUCGUCCCCGCAGCUCGUCCGGCGGCGGUCGCACAACCUCAGAUGGGCGGCGGCGACGGCGUGGACAAGCCCGAGCACGACCUGUGAUCGGCAUUUGAUGCUGUGCGUGGCUGAGCAGACAGCAGAGCACGACCAUUUUAAAAGCUGAAGCAGGCAUUGCCACUGGCUUUCCAAGAUGAGAGACAUCACAUCCAAGCGUGAUUAUCUACUGGAGUACUUGUAAUGCAUCCUCUUCUUCUCCCCCAUGUCUGGUCUAUUUUUGGGCGUGCUAGGAUGGACCUGGCCGGCGCGAUAUGGUUGAGCUGAGCUUGAGCCACCGACAUGUGUGUAAAACUGUCGGUCGAGAGAACACGCAGAGUGGAACCGGCGAUGUGCACUGGACUUGUGAUCUGGACUCUGAAGGAGGCAUUGCAUGUUGUAGGACAGCACAGC